AUGGCAAGAAUUCAAGACCAGAUUGACGAGCUGGCGGAAUUCGUUGACUCUGUGCUCGAUCCCGAAGGCCAUGACGUGCCGCAUGAAGAAGAACUGCACGCGGUCCAUCAAAAGCUAUCCCAAGUCAAGACAUUCCUCGAGGACCUGAGAAUGAACAAGGACUGCAUCGAAUCGGGGUACCAGUCCCAGGAGCGGACCGUAGUCUGCAGAGGCUGCAUAUCGCAAUACAUAACCAACCCAGAACGGCUCAAAGAAAUGCGCAUAGCAUUUGAAGGAUCAGAAGAAGAAGAGGCUGUGUUCGCUGAAUUUGCAGAACAGUUCACAGAAUUGGCCGUGGAGUAUGAGGAAUCAGAAGAAGAGGCUGAGUACGCAGAAUUCGCAGAAUUCGCAGAAUGGUUGUGGAAGAAAUCGUGGGAGGAGGAAAAGGAAAAGAACGGUGACUACUAUACAGCCGUCUAUGACCUUGCCUCGGAUCUCGACGGUCACUUCAACGAAUACCUUUUUCUGCAAGAAGCCCACCGCAUGCUUUCCAAAGCUCGUCCAAACUCUCCCACAGUUUCACAGAACCGCCAGGUUACUAUUCCCCCUGCAGAAGACGGUCAAACCACCGUUUCUUCCAGAAAGAGCGGCACAGCUAGUGACCAGAAUAUCAGCGAAACAGAAAGCAAUGCCGGGCAUAAAACUACCACUUUGCGCAGGUGA